AUGAGUUUUCUGGGGAAGUUGUUCGGUGGAAAGAAGGAAGAAAAGGGCCCGACGACACAUGAAGCUAUUCAGAAAUUACGCGAGACGGAGGAGCUAUUGCUGAAAAAACAGGAGUUUCUAGAGAAGAAAAUCGAUAUAGAAAUACAGACAGCUAGGAAAAAUGGCACAAAGAAUAAGCGAGCGGCGAUCGCAGCUCUUAAGCGUAAGAAGCGUUACGAGAAGCAGUUGACACAGAUCGAUGGAACUCUCACUCAAAUUGAGGCGCAGCGGGAGGCGCUGGAGGGCGCCAACACCAACGCCCAAGUACUGAACACCAUGCGCGAUGCUGCUAACGCCAUGAAAUUGGCUCAUAAGGAUAUCGAUGUAGACAAGGUGCACGACAUAAUGGACGAUAUCGCGGAACAGCACGACAUCUCGCGGGAGAUCACCGACGCUAUCAGCAACAACGUGGCAUUCCCCAACGAUAUCGAUGAGGACGAGCUCGAGAAGGAACUCGAGGAGUUGGAACAGGAGGAUCUGGACAAAGAGAUGCUGGGCAUCAACGUGCCCACGGACAAGUUGCCGGACGUGCCCACAGCGGAUCUGGUCCACGACAAGCCCAAGCCCAGCAGGUCCAAGCAGACCGAGGACGACGAAGAACUUGCACAGUUGCAGUCUUGGGCCACAUAA